UAUGCCCCACCUCGAAACAGAAGAAGAACAAGAUCGCUGCGACAUCCCCUAGGAAGAACAAGAGCAAAGCGUCGCGACCUUGAGACUCCAUUCCACUUUCCCCCAUUAAGCGCUUAAAGCUCGAGCAGGCCUCAGAUAAAAGCUAGAUAAAAAUGCCCGCCAAGGACUGCGCCGAUAGUAAAGCCCAACACGACGCCGAGCGCUGUGAGCUGGCGGCCAACAAGAAGCGCCUGAAGACGCAGAGCAAACACGUCGACUCGGAGGAGGACGAGACGGAGGAGGAGGACGCGCCCUCCACAAGUGACAGCGACAGCGACGAGCACGUGGAUUUUAGCGCCAUUGCAGCGCGUCUGGGCCGCUCGGCCAGCACGCACCGCCGCUCUGUGGUCUCGUCCUUCGUGCCUCCUCCAAACGAGCAGUGGACCCCGCCUGUAUACCCCAAGAGCACGCAGGACAUCGAGUCAAUCCGCCGCUCCGUGCGACGUAACCUGCUCUUCGCUAAAAUCCCGGAAGAUACGCUGCAAGUACUGGUGGACGCCAUGAAAUACGAGGCUGUGGACGCCGGUGUGGACAUUGUGACGCAAGGGGACGUGGCUGGCGACAGGUUCUUCAUUUUGGACAGCGGAACCUGCGAUGUUAUCGUGAACCACCGCAUGGUCGGAGAGGUGAGCGCCACGUCGGUACGCAACUAUUUCGGCGAGCUGGCGCUGCUCUAUGACUCGCCCCGAGCGGCCACUGUGCGUGCCAAGACACCUGUGGAGUGUUGGUCAUUGGACAGAGUGACGUUCAAACGUGUGCUCAUGGCCACAACCAUGCAGCAAAGAGCUCUUUACCUGGACUUCCUGGACCAGGUACCCAUCUUCUCGACACUAUCGAGUUAUGAGAAGAUGACGGUGGCCGACGCCUUGCGCGUACAGUUCGUGGGGGCUGGAGACGUUAUCCUGACUGAGGGAUCCAGAGGCGACGACUUCUAUAUUAUUGCAGACGGCGAAGUGAAAUGCACACGUGGAGGGGAGGAGGUGUCGGCAAGACUUGGGGCUGGCGACUUCUUCGGAGAACUCGCACUCAUCCACGACGAUGUGCGUCAAGCUACAGUCACAGCCAUGCGCAAGACAAAAGUUCUUAUGCUGGACCGAGCCACCUUCAAGCGGCUGCUUGGCCCCAUGCAGGAACACCUGCGCAAACGUGCGGAUCUCUACGAGCUCUACAUGAACACAACAAGGAUCAACGAGCAGAACUGAGCUCAGCCAUCUACUAGCAAAGUCAGUAGAUAGUACUAUGUAGUAAAUUGUAGAUAUGCCUGAGAGCUCGCCUUAGCCCAAGUCCGACCUCCAAGCGUUGCCACCGGAAGCUUUCUACCCUGUCAAUAUAUAAGCCAAUGUAAUACACGUAUGAUGACUCAAAAGAUCGAGGUAUACUGGCGAAAACGAAGAAUAAGAAGAAUAAGAAUAAAAAGUUUCGUAAUCUU